CAGGACAUGGGGCCCGAGGAUAACCCGCCCACUAACCAGUCUACUUGGUACGUAUACACCGCUCAAACGGUGAGCAAAGUUAACAAGUCCAUACAGGACGAACUUAUGGGCACGAAGCUAAUGGGGUACUUUAUCGAAUGGUGCCAGCGCCCAACGAAACGAGUCAAGGGGAACGCGUACCAGGACGCGGCGGUGAAGUACAACGACGACGGCCCCAACAAGCCGAUCGUCGAAUACUUGAAGACUCGCUCACCAGAGAACAACAUAUACAUUGGAAUACCAGCUCCGCUCCGGGACCCCGUGCUGGAUUCCGUGAAGAACAGAGUGUGGGGUUGUUACGAGCAAGCGUUCUGGUCACUCGCCCCCGCUUUCCUGGCCUGCUGCGCCGCGCUCGCCCUGGCAAAGCGCGGGCUCAACGUUGACACGCUGUUCAUUUUCUGGGGGGCAGGGGGAGUCGGCCUCUCUUUGCUCUCCGCCCAUUUGGCAGCGACAUACGGAUCCAGCCUGCACGAGUACUUCGACCCGAACAUCUUUUACAUGGAUGAGGAACUUCGGAAAGUCAUCGAGCUUCUUGUCGGCGGCAUCAUCUCCACUGGGCAGGAGAGGCCCAAGUUCUGCAGCGGCGAUGGCUUAUCGGGGAGGCUGCCGUUCGGCAUCCUGACGAAGCUCUUCAAGAUCAUCGGAUGGAAGCGCAUGGAGCUGAACCAUAUGUUCACGUUCAGGAGCGUGUCCGAAGCAGAUUUCGAGUCGAUCAUGCGCAGGUCGCUCAUCAUCAAGGUCGUGGCGCGCUUCUUCGACGCCUCCUACUUGCGGAGGUUCUUGCCCGACCACGAACAGCACGGCAUUUUCGCGAGGCAGCCCGACAUGAAGGACUUCAUGACCGACCUGCCCGCGCGCGCCGCACACGUCCAGAUCCAGGCGGCGUUCGAGGAAAAAGUACAAUCAGGCAGCGUGGAUGGCGGAGCCCGCGUCGCAGGCGUGAGCGCGGCGACGGCCGAAGAUGACGAGGACAGAGCACGGCGGGAACAAGCUGUGAAGAUGGGGCUGCAUUUCGCCCGCCAGAUGAUGCAGAAAGGCAUCGACUACCUUACCGUUAACACAGUGUCCAAGAUGCAGAUCCCAGCGAACUCUCCAACCACUAACAAAGCCGAGUUGCUGGACCAACUCGUUGCAUUCCAGUUGUGGCAUAAGUUCGCACCUGCUGGCAAGGGGCACAAGAAGCUAGACCAAUACAUGCCGAUCGUGGUCACGGCUCACGACCUGGGCGCGGCGUUCCCACAGGUCAUCGCUAGCGACCCCGUGAACCUGCCCGAAGUGCACAACAUUGACCGCGUGGAGUCCGUUUACAUGUCGAGCUCCUGCGACAAGAUGAACUCUGACAUCAUGUCGGGCGUUCUGGAGGCGUGCGCGAAAUCCCUCAGGCCGCAAGGACAGAGGGGGCAGAUGGCCGCAGGUCCGCAAGCCCCCCAGAAGGAGUUGCUGAAGCGUGCGAUGGCUAUUCGGGCCUUGGAGGAGAUCGCGGAGAAGCUCGCCUCGGCGCGCGCGGCGCAUCCGCCGUCGAAGAGGCGUCGAGAGAAGGCGCCAGUCAAGCCGCCCGCGCCCCAACAGGGGCCGUCAGCGCCCGAUGCCUCCGACAAGAAGCUCUCGAUAUCCACUGCAGUCAGCGCCGAAUGGCGCGCGCAGUUCAAGGACGAGUUCGCGUUGAUUGACCGGCUCAGCAAGUCGCGCUUGGAAGUCUGCGUGAACGAGUGCAAGCUUCCACUGUCCAUAUGCAAAAGCAUCCUUCUCUCGGUGGUAGGCGUGGGGGGGGUCCCGCCGAGGCACUCGGAGGUUGGGGUCUUCAUCUUGCUGUCGAAAGUCGCGCGGCUGCUGCGCUGGCUAGCAGUUGGGCUCAUGCGCCCGCAAUAUCAGACCUUGCUCAACGACGUGGAGGUUGAAUGGGCGGAGGCGUCUUGCUUUGCUCAUUUCUGGCAGGGGUGCGAAGCCUACAUCAUCUCUGCUUGGAGGGAGUUCUGCUUGGAGAAGCCAGUGACCCACUUGCCCCUGCACUUCGACGGGCUGCGCGUGGACGCCGCGCGCGCAGACGCGGAGCCGAAGGCGGACGACCAGGCGGCGGCCGAGGCAAUGUGCUCCGCUUCCGAGCGCCGCAUCGCCGAGGUCACGGGCUACAGGGUCAAAAUCGUAGAGAAGAAGCACUGCUACUUCCAGGAGCUGAUCGACAUGGCGUUCGAGAGCGCGAGCGGGGCGGCCCUCUCCAGCGACGGCCUCGUCUCGAGCGGCAUCUUCAUGAAAAAUGGUAACUGCAUCCCUCAGGCUCUCGCGCAGCUGGACCCGCAGACUGGCGCGCGGGAGAGAAUCGCAGAGGCGCUGGGGCAAGAUACGGCCGAGAACACUGCGGCCUCCUCCAGGGGGACAAGAAGCUAUAAGGAGGCUGCGGAUCUAUGCAGCGCGUCUUUGACUCCGUUUUUGUCGUUGCCAUUCGACGCGCAGGGCAGUUGGAUUCUCCACGCGGCGGGCGCUGGCCGCCCGCGCUGCGCCCCCGUUGAACUUACAGAGCUACGAGCACUGGUUUGGGGUUCGAAAGGUCGCGUGUCCAUGCCCAGGGCUUGCCUUUUUGACAUAACGCACAGGGCCAUUGAUAACAAAACGUUGGUCGCUUUUUCGUUGGAUGGGCAGCAGGCCGAGGACGACGCCGCUGAUUUCCAAUUGGAGCCGCUGCUGGACUUGCAGGCUGGCGCUGGGGCAGAGCCAGACAUUGCAGAUGACGACAUGCUCGUCGUCGACGACGGCUCCGACUCGUCGGACGACGAGUCCCAGGUCAACGUCUUCAAGUUGUUGCGCACCUCGCUGUGCCGCGAAGUGGCCGCGGUGAAGUCAGACGCGGCCAAGCGAGUGAAGGGCGGCAAGUCUGGCUCUCUGGAAGUCGGUUGCGGGCGCCCCCUGCGCCCGUUCAAGACUUUCAAGAAGGCUCAAUGGAAGAGGGACAUGGCCGCGCACCUGAACGCCAAGCACAAGGCCGAUCGCACGUUCGGGAACCACGUUGCGGCGGGUUCUAAGCAGUUCACAAUCAUCAAAGCGCUCUUCAACAACGCUUUACCCAGCGGCCUCAAUGCUCAUUUGGACAAGCACGUGAAGCUCGCCCUGGGCAAGCACGGGCCGCAGUUCAUUCGCAGCAACGCCAAGGAUCAGAUGGCGCUGCGCGAGCUCACAGGGAAAACCUGGUACACGAAAGAGUUCGCAGAAUUGGUGUGGCGGCAAGCUCUCAUCGAGCGGGGCCACAUGGUGGCCGUGCGGCGCCAGUUGGCGCUUCGCUUCCAGGAGUCGGGGAACGAGAUCGCCGACCUGAUCCCGCAGUUCAAAGGGGAGUUGCGCGACAAGCUUACCGCCGCUCUCCCAAACCUCAAGUAUUUGAUCUGCGAUCCAGUGCACCUCGUCAUCACUUACGAGCAGUCGCACUACCGCAAGAUGACUGUGGGGUCGGCGAAGCUGCGCGUCAUCAUGAAUAAGUUCAACAAAGUGGAUGCUCGGCGGAGUUCGGAGUCGCACGGCCCGCCAUAUACGGGACGCGAAGAUCGGUCUCUAUCCCGUUCUGAGGGCAGCAUGCGAGGUCACAUCUUGAAAUGCGACCUCGGCCGCGCGAGGGCCUCGAAGAUCUUGGGGGCGCUCGACGGGGAGAAGCCGUGGGGGAGCAGCUUUGAGUUCAUCCAGGCCUUGGCUGCGCUGACGUGCCAUUUCUCGGGCGAAGUUCAGCGUUGUACGCGCGUGGCGGGCAAGACCCUUAAGCACGUGGUGUGGUGCGCUGCUGCCCCCGACCGCCUCGAAUAUUACAUGAACAGCCAGCGGUUUCGCCAUUCGUUUGCUGCGGCGAAGCUGCGACUCCUGGGCUCGGGCACGUCGCCCAACGAGGCAUUUCACAGCUGCAUCAACCGUUGGUUCAGAAAUCAACCAGAAGUGUUUGUACAGACCAUCCGCUUGCAGCUCCAGGUGAAUUGCCUCGCCUGUCUGUUAACGCACAAUACUGCUCUAUAUUCGCCUGCUCUCAGACAGAUGCGCCAAGUCGACCUGCUGUCCCACAAAGUGGCGACGAUGGCGAUCUCGGACGAAGAAUGGGCGGAAUUCACUAGGCGCCCGCCUGCAUUCCCAGCUGAAGCAGCGAAAGAGAAAACGCGACAGGCAAUCAAGGAGCGCGCGCCGCAGGGCAAGGCGCAGGCCAAGAGGCCUCGCAAGCGCACUGUUUUCACUUUGAAGCGGAAGCCGACGGCGGUGGCCCCGCCUAAACGGGCGAGGGCCCCGCCCCGGAAGCGGCCAGCCGCAUGCCUUCACUAG